AAUUACCUCAAAGCACCAAAACGCGUCACUCUCCUGUUAUAAUCAGGAAAUCUUAAAACCGUCCAAGGAAAUCCUCCUCGAAGGCAUCAUUUAGAAUUCGUCUGAUAUAUCUACAUCAGCAUUGUAGGAAAGCAUGCUUUUGUUCCAGUGUCUCUGUUAUCUGACGUUUGUGGCUUGUACGGUGUUGUCCGAAGAACAGGACCAGCAGUUAUUCUGCGGUGAUGUUUUAUGUUCUUCCACGGAAAUCUGUUCUAAGUGGAAAAGAGAUGGAUUUUGCCACACCACAUAUGCAAAGACCUACUGCAUGGAAACAUGCAACCACUGUCAACGAGAAAGCAAGCGAACAGUUCUCGAUGUGCGUUACGAAGGCUGUUACCGCGACGGAUUUCAGAGCGACUUUGAGAGGAUGAUUCCAAUGAAACGCGAGCUCAUUGGAGUGAAGACAUGUGCGAACGUAUGCCACUUGAAGGGUUACCCGUAUGCUGCUAUACAAAACGCCCAGUUCUGCAUGUGUUCCCAAAAAUAUGGACGAUAUGGACUGGCUGAUGACGACAGCGAAUGCCGGAGACAGUGCCUGGCUGGUUCGCCCGAUGAGAAAUGCGGUGGGCCAUGGAAGAAUGCCGUGUACAGAAUAGCUUCAAGAGAAUUGUUAAGCGCAGGUGUAAACUUGAAAAACGUGGAAGACAGCCUAAUAAACGCGGCGCCUCAAGAGCAUGGAAUGGAGAGCCAGGCUUAUGACGGAUUAGCUCAUCAGUUGGAACGCUUGAGGGCAAAAAGGGGGCUUUACAAGAGAUAGGUCGUUUCUCUUUUCACCGCAUACACUCGUGAUUUAAACAUUGACUUCACUGGGUUCAGAUGACAGCAAUUUGAAUGGACAAUCAUUAAACUUGUCGCAGGUCGCCGGUUACUGAAGAUUACUACUAACUUUUACUACUACUACUAAGCUUGUACCAGCUCAAACAAAAUAAUCUCACACUACUCUUUCAACUACCAAGGAAUAUGUUAUCCAUUCAAAUAGGACUACUCAGUAAAUAGCGUUUGGUUGUACACAUUUUUCAAUUUAUUCUACUUGGUUACUGUUUCUAAAAGCAAAAUCAUGCUUCGUAAUAGGGACAGGUUCUCGUGUGUGUACAUGUAUGUUAAUUUUCGGAUAAGGAAUAUCCUCUACAUCCUCGCCGAUUCUCCAGUGGCAAAUUUCAAAACCUUCCCAAGCUGUCAGCUGUCUUAAAAUUAUAAUUCCAGCUCAAGUCUACGGAUGGAAGGGGACGGGGAGGCGGGGGAGUUAUAUACAAAACGAAGAAUAUCUAAUAACAGCAAUGUUUCAAUCACGGGUGUACAUGAUAAGAAAAUCAGUGGUAAAACUCAUAUUUUUUGGUAUUUAUAAUUUUCUUGGACAAUGGAGAAACUAGCAAUAGUCUGCGCAGAGAAUCUCCAAAAAGAAACAGGUAAGACAUCAAAAUUCCUACCAGUUAAUCUGGGAAUUUCAGUUUUAAAGUCAAGAAUUUUUCUUCCUGGGAUGAUCCAGUAUUUGUUUCCUAUCAACUUGUUCACUUAAACUUAAGUAUAGUUAUAGAAGUGAAAAGGAGUUGGGAAUCAUUUGUUGCUAGCCAGCUGGGAUUUGAGGAUAAAGCAGUUUCAACGAUUUUGUUUGCUUGUUUGUAAAUUGGGAAUAAAAUAAAUAACUGACUGGCUUUACUGUUCA